UUAGCCAAUACUGUUACUUCCGGUUGGCGAAGGUCGCAAGUCGAAAUGGCUGCAAAAGAACCAAAAAUAAAGUUUGUUUCGAAUGCUGAGCAACAUGCCAGAGGAGGUCCAAGAACUUUUUACCCAAAAUUGAACUGGCCUUAUUUUGGAGAUUACAAUCCUCGUGUGCAUGGAACAUACGAUCCAGCUGUAAAAUACGGACCCCAGAAACCAAGUGUUUGGGAGUGGAAAGUGGGAGAGCUAUUUAAGAACCUUGAAGCAGCUGAUAAAUCAGCAUAUAACAUGAUGAAUACAGCAAGUCGAUGGAUAUUCAGGAUAGAGAAGAGGCACUUCAGAUGUAUGAAGCAAAGCGUUAGACCCAUGCUGAUCCCUAUUGCAGUCAUGACCUGUAUCCAUCAAGUGCUUAAGCUUGGCAUUUGGCCAGACUGUAACGGUGGACAGAUUUACAACCAAGCAUGGAAGUACCACUGGUAAACAAGUGUGCUGUGCCAACCAGCAGUGGAGCAGUUUAAUGAUUGGAAAUGAAUAUUAAAACAUUUAUAGGAACAUCAAAUAGUGCAAAGCAUUUAUUGUAAGCUCUCCUUGUUUGUUUUACAGUAAAUGAUUGAAGGCUUCUUUGGUUUUGAAAUCAUCUUAUUUUGUUGAAGUUGUGCAGGAUAUAAUACAUGUAUAAAAUGGU